AUGGACCUGGCUGCGUUUUGGUCCGCCCGCCUCACGCCCUGGCGCGAGUCCGGGCUGCGCCGGCUGAGAGGCGCUGUGGCACUGGUCGGGGCAGCUGGAGUGAACCUCACCAGCUGCUUCUUCGCCCUUCUGGUGUCUGUGGCGCCUGCGGAAUGCUACCUCCUCGACCUCCCGUCUGCACUGUUUUCCGUUCUUCCGCUGGUUCCUUUGACUCUCGUCGCCAACGAGGCAAGAUGGAUCCUCGCAACAUGGAAGGCUCAUGAGACCGUCCAUGUGUUGAUCUGGUCGACCGCCGGGUUGCGUGUCCUCACCUUUCUCACCUGCGCCGCAUCGGCAGUGUCCUUUGCGCACUUGGCAUGGAAGCCAACAGAAGACCUCGAGAGCUCUUGCCGCGCUGUACAUUGGAGCACCCUGGGUGCUUGCUUCCUUUGUGCUCCCUUCUCACUUGCCUGCAGCCUAACUCGCGCCCGAAGUCCGGCCAGCAGGGAGAACGCUCCCUGUGAGAGGGUGGCGGAAAGCAACACGGUAGAGACGGCAGAGCUCAAUCUACCGAGUUGA